AUGGUACCAUUGUUCCUCAAGAGUCACCCCAUUGACAUGACCCAGAAUGCUCAACUUUUGGGCACCAAGGGGCUGAGGGAGGGGAUAGCCCAUAGCUUCAAUUCCCCAACCGGUGAUUGUCCCACUGGGCUGGAGGAUUGCCUUAGAGCCUCCGAACAUUUCCUGAAGACACUAAAUGACUAUGAUGUAGACCCGUCCCAACUGGUUGCCAUGGGGGACAGUGUCAGAGGGUCCCUGGCCAUCGCUGUCUGCCAGGAUUUUGUACACCGGCCCGGGCUGACCAAGCUGCAGGCCCAGGUCUUGAUCUACCCAUUUCUGCAGGGAGUGGAUUUCCAGCUGCCCUGCUUCCAGCAGAACCAGUCAGUCCCUCCUCUCAACCAGUUUUUAACCGUCUACUGUGUCACCACCUAUCUGGGUGUGGACCCGACUCUGAUCGAAGCCAUCUCUGGGUGCCCAUGUGUCUCCCAAGAUUUCAGAGAGGAUGUGUAUCAGGUGGUCAAAGGAGUCUUUGCUUCCACCAUUUCUCCCCUGCUGGCUGAAGAUGACAUUAUUUCCCAGCUCCCGGAGACCUGCUUGAUCAGCUGUCAAUUCGACAGCCUCAGGGAUGAUGGGCUGCUCUAUAAGAAGAGGUUGGAGGACCACGGUGUACCUCUGACUUGGCAUCACAUGGAGGAUGGGUUUCACGGGGUCAUUAACACCUUUGACAUUGGCUUGGCUUCUUUACUCUGA